CGUCCCAGCCAGUUUGGUGUUCUCUCUCUCUCUCUCUCUCUUGUGCAUCUUGUGAACAUCCUAACCCACCCAUCCACCCACCACCGUUUCUCCCUUCUCCCCUUCACCAACUUUCUUAUCGGGGUUCGGUUUCGGGAAUUCCACGCGGGAAUUCCACUUGAGGGUUGGCCAUGGCCUUGGAUAGGUCACCGCCCCAGAAGUCCCCUUCAAACCACCACGGAAAGCCCAACUCGUCGUCGCCGUCUGGCGCAGCCCGUCGCAUGCCCACCCCUGGCCACUCUUCCCGAACGGGUUCGGUCGAGGCGCCCACCCCCCAAGGUGCCGCCACCAGCCACGACCUGCUUUCACUGCCCAUGCCCAUCAGCGCCUCGGCUUCAGACGUCGCCGUUACGGAGCCCCCCAGCACUUCCACCACUCCGGCGCCUUAUGGCACCCGGUCCAGAGGUCGCAAUGCCGCCCCGCGUCCCAACUAUGCCGAGGAUCGCGAUAUCGACGUCGACUUGGAGCUGGCCCAACCCGCCUCGAAAUCCGCUAAGCGGAGUAGCGGCGUUGCCGGGGCUCUCGUCAAUGGCUCCAAAGCCGACAGUGAAGAGCCAGUCUCAUCGUCAGCUUUACGAAAGAGUCUGACGGCGGUCAAUGGCGCCAAUGCCGCGUCUGCUGCGAAGGAUUCAAUUCCAGGCACCUCCUCAUUCUCCGCCAAGUUCGAGGAGGGGGCCACCACCCCCUCGGCAGGUUUCUCGAGGAAGCGGAAACAGCCUGCAACUUCGACGAUCAACAACGCUACAGGUGGGAACUCGGCGAAGAAGAUUUUUACUACGGCCCCAGGGACGGCGCACGGUCAGACGGAGACCAAUAUGGUCAGUUUUGAGAGCCGUGGUGCCUAUCUGAAGGAUGGCAAACUCCGAGCGGACGACGGCACAACAUACGCCGUAAAUGACCACGUCUACCUGAUUUGUGAGCCCCCGGGGGAACCGUAUUAUCUGGCACGGAUCAUGGAAUUCCUCCCCUCCAAGGAUGCGCCCUCAGGCCCGAUCGAGGCGUUGCGGGUGAACUGGUAUUAUCGCCCACGUGACAUCCAGCGGAAGGUCGCCGACACGCGUUUGGUCUUCGCCUCCAUGCAUUCCGACACAUGCCCACUCACCUCAUUACGCGGGAAGUGCCAAAUCAUGCAUAUGUCGGAGAUUGCCGACUUUGACAAGUAUCGGAAGACCCGAGAUUGUUUCUGGUACGAUAAGAUGUUUGACCGCUACAUCCAUCGCUACUACGACGUGAUUCCGACAAGCAAGGUGAUCAACGUCCCGGGCAACGUCAAAAAGGUUCUCGACGAGCGCUGGAAGUUCGUCCUGGUCGAAAUCGGACGACGGAAGGAGCUUACCAGUGCGGUGAAGACCUGCAAGCGCUGUGGCUUGUAUGCCGCAAGCAAUGACUCGGUGGACUGUGCUGUCUGCCACCACACCUACCACAUGUACUGUGUUCGACCAGUCUUGACCAAGAAGCCGGCUCGAGGGUUUGCAUGGGCGUGUGCGGCCUGCAGUCGCGCCCAAGAACGGAAACUCGAGGCGCGCAAUACUCCAAUACUGGGUGAAUCCCAGCCCGAUGCGGACGAGGAGAUGGUGGAAGAGGAGGAGGAGGAGCCCCACGGCGCGGCGAAUGGUACCACAGGCAGCACUCCAGCACCCGCCGAAGAAGAGGUCCGGCCAGCGACCGAAGAACAAGUCGCGCAAGCCAGAAUGUGGCCUUAUCGCUAUUUAGGAAUCCACUGCCGUGUUGAAGAUGCACUGGAUUAUGACGACCGGAUCUACCCGCGGGCCAGCUCUCGCUUGGGACCUCGACAUCAGGCCAUGGUGAAUCCCUGGCCCGGGAAACCGAUCGAGUACGUCAAGCCGGUCGACAUCAAGAAGAAGUACAUGCGGGGCUCCGGGGGGCGCAAGGAUUCGAAACUGUCCAAAGAGACCCUGGCUGCAAUCGAAGCCGCCAAACAGGAAAAAGCAAACCGGCCGAAGUGGGUCCAGGACGAGCCCCUGGGAUAUGUCCGACGCGGCGAAGAUGAGCCGGUCUCAGUGGCCGGGAAGCAAGUCCGGACCGCAGAGCUGAUGUUCAAAAUGCCCACGGCCGACCAGCUUCCGUCCCGGGGCGAAGACGACGCGCCUGGGUCCGAUCUCAGCCCGGCAGAUCGCGAAAAGUUCAUCGAUGAAUAUAUGGAGCGCGCAAAGGCUUUAGCCCCUCAGGUGGGAGAAGAAAAGUACGCCACUAAUUUUCUCGACAAGGCUCUCGACCUCCUUUACUCCAAUAGCUUCGACGCCGAUGCUGCUCUAGCAAGGCUGAAGCAGAUGAACAAAUACAAGGAUCUUAAGGAGCCCCAUUUGCGACCCGAAGAAGUUAAACUCUUUGAGCAGGCCGUUGCGAAGUAUGGGUCCGAAUGGCGCCACAUCACGAAGCACGUGGGCACCGUGCCACAUUAUCAAAUCGUGCGGUUUUAUUAUAUGUGGAAAAAAACGCCCCGCGGUCGUCAGAUCUGGGGUGCUUAUGAAGGCAGGCGGGGCAAGAAGGAGGCCAAGCGAACCACUGCUGCGAAGUUGGUGGAUGACGUGGCCGACGACCAUGAUGACUCGGCCUUUGAUAACGAGAAAGCCACGGAGAAAAAGCGUGGGUUCCAAUGCAAGUUCUGCUCAACGCGAACCUCCCGGCAGUGGCGACGUGCCCCCGGCAUUCCGCCCGGUACUACCACCCCGAGCGAGCCUUCAUCGAAGCAGCGGGAUAAGACGUCGCAGCUUACCGUGGCUCUCUGCUUGCGCUGUGCGUUGCUAUGGAGGAAAUACGGUAUCCAGUGGGAGAGCGUCGACGAGGUGGCCAAGAAGAUCGCCCAGAGCGGCAACAAGUCAUGGCGCCGGCGCGUGGAUGAGGAGCUUCUGACUCAACUGCUCGUCUCUACCGAGACUCCCAUCAGUAUCAACAGUGCGACCGCUGCGACGGCGGCCUCCAUUGGGGUCCCAGUGAAUGCUAAUCCACAGGUGCAGCAAGAGUCUACGAGGAAGAAGGGUCGAAUCUCGGAGAAAGACAGCGCAGCGACAUCGACGGCCACUUCAGUGGAACCCGCGCCGAAAAAGAAGGCCGCAACCGACCGGGUCCCGGAGCCACCCCCGAUCAUGCCGGAUCCCCCCAAGGCCAAGACGCUUCCCUGUGCCAUCUGCAACAAGAUGGAGCCGAUGGGCGACCAGCACCUGUCUUGUAGGGACUGCCGCCUGACCGUGCAUCGGAGCUGCUACGGAGUCAGCCCGUCGCGGAACUGCGUGAAAUGGCUUUGCGAUAUGUGCUCGAACGACCGGGACCCCAUGAUCUCGACUACGUACAAUUGUGUCUUGUGCCCGGUCACCUGGACGGAGCACGAACUGAUGGAGGCGCCCAAGUCGACUCACAAGAAGAAGACUGAGCGAGAUCGGGAGAAGGAGCGGCUGGAAAAGGAGAUGGUCAAUGAAGCCAUCAAGCUGUACCGGAAGAGGCAAGAAGACGUGGGCAAACCGAUCGGUCCUCGAGAGCCGUUGAAGCGGACAGCCGGCAACAACUGGGUCCAUGUCAUGUGCGCCGUCUGGACGCCCGAGAUCAAAUUCGGCGACGCUAAGGAGCUCGAGCCGGCAGAAGGAUUCGGUCUGAUUCCCCGGGACAAGUGGCGCGAUGUCUGUAAGAUCUGCAAGACCGACGGGGGCGCCUGUGUGCCGUGCCACUUUGGCAACUGCAACGCCCGUUUUCAUGUCGGCUGUGCAUUCCAAGCGCAGUACAAGUUUGGGUUUGACAUCACGCCGAUCAAGAGCUCCCGACGGGAUACCGUGAGCAGCGUCCGGCUCGGAGAGGAGGUAGGAGCGGCAUCUGCGGGCAUCUGGUGUCCUCAUCACCCGGUUACGGCGACGAUCCAUGAGAUCGGAGAGCCCACCGAGGAAGAGGGGAUCAACGCUCUGCAGCGGUAUGCCCUGGCUUACAAGCAAGCCGACCUGACCUUGACGGGAACCAUCAGAAAGGCGGCCUACGUGCAACAAUCGGUCAACGCGUCGCAUCACGCUGCAACACCCUCGGCCAGCCGCCGAGUCUCGACUACCAACGGCGUUGCAGCACCUCCGGCCGUGUCGACCGCUCCAGCAGCCGCAUCAGCAGCGCCCACAGCACCGACAGCACCGACAGCACCGACGGCGCCAAAGGACAGCUACAAACCCGCAGAGGAAGCUCCGGAUGAGAUGGUGAUCGACUCCGAGAAUCACGCCCCCCGACCCGUCGCUGAUGCGGACGCGACGAGAAAGUGUGUUCGCUGCUCCAGUGCCUUCAGUCCCCGCUGGUGGCCCCUUGAUAAGUCGCGACGCACGCCGGGAGUCGACCACAGGACGCCACUGCUCAACGGAGUCGGACUCAAUGAUCCCAUAGGGUCAAGGUUCUCCGGCGCGGCCUCGGCGAGUCCUCCGUACCUACAUCAAACCCCAUCACAGCAUGCCCUUCCGCGCCUGAAUGGAGAGUACAGCCCGGCGGAGAAGACGGCCCUAUCGGCCAUCAACAGCGAGGGAUCGCAGACCUUGUACGAAUGCCACAAGUGCCAUCUCAAGAAGCCCAUGCCGCAACCAUCGCCUGAACCCCGCCCGUCGUCUUACUCGGCAACACGGCCCGUCUUGCCCGCCCCUCGGAUCACGGAAUAUCACAACAGCCCAUUUGGCUCUCAUCAUGCGCACCCCCCGCAGUCCGGGGUCCUUCCCCGACCGAUUGGCCUUCCGCCUCACAGCGGCUCCGAUUGGCAUCCCGGCUAUGAGCAGCGCCCUGCGGAGUUCGGCGACAGCAAACUGCGCAACGGACUCCCGGUGCCUGGCUAUCGCGCAGGACCUCCGCCGCCGCCGCCAGCCCCGGCAAGCCAUAUCAACGGAUUCCCGCCCACCCCCUCGCACCAUGCCCCGCCGCUGCCUCAUUAUGCCCCUGGGUCCCACCCUCCGGCCCAGCCGUUUCCGACGCACCAGAGCCCAUAUGGGCCUGUCUCGAUGCCGUCGCCGCAUCUGUCCCACGCGACGGGCCCUCGCCCGUAUGCGCCAUCCGCAUCGCCUCCCGACGUCCAGGCGACGAUGGUGCGGCACUCGCCUCAACAUUCGCUCAGCGCAUUGAACGGUGGGCCUCCGCCACGUGUCUACUCGGUGGAUCGCGUGCUUGGGGCGCCAACGCAGUCGCCGCCCGUCUCGCAGGUGCAUAUGGAUCCACGAGGCCCGACUCCUCCGGUCAAGCCAGAGGAUACGCCGGUGAUGGCCAGCGCGGGCCGACAUACGACUGCCAGCGGGACCAAUGGAGGGUCGGGGGCGAGUGCGAGCCCGUCUCUGAAGAAUUUGCUUUCCUAAACCCC